AUGCUGGACCCUUCAUCCAGCGAGGAGGAAUCGGAUGAGAUCGUGGAGGAGGAGAGCGGCAAGGAGGUGCUGGGCUCGGCCGCGUCCGGCGCGCGCCUGUCUCCCAGCCGCACGAGCGAGGGCUCGGGCGGCGGCGCAGGGCUUGGGGGCGGCGGCGGGGCCGGCGCCGGGGCCGGGAUGGGCGCCGGCGGCGGCGGGGGCAGCGGCGCGAGCGGCGGCGGCGGGGCCGGGGGGCUGCAGCCGAGCAGCCGCGCCGGUGGCGGCCGACCCUCCAGCCCUAGCCCGUCGGUGGUGAGCGAGAAGGAGAAGGAGGAGUUGGAGCGGCUGCAGAAGGAAGAGGAGGAGAGGAAGAAGAGGUUGCAGCUCUACGUGUUCGUGAUGCGCUGCAUCGCCUACCCCUUCAACGCCAAGCAGCCCACCGACAUGGCUCGCCGGCAGCAGAAGAUCAGCAAACAACAGCUGCAGACAGUCAAGGACCGGUUUCAGGCUUUCCUCAAUGGGGAAACUCAAAUCGUGGCUGACGAAGCCUUCAUGAACGCUGUCCAGAGUUACUAUGAGGUGUUCCUGAAGAGCGACCGGGUGGCACGCAUGGUGCAGAGCGGCGGCUGCUCCGCCAACGACUCGCGAGAAGUCUUCAAGAAGCACAUCGAGAAGCGCGUGCGCAGCCUGCCGGAGAUCGACGGCCUCAGCAAGGAGACCGUGCUGAGCUCCUGGAUGGCCAAGUUUGAUGCCAUUUACCGCGGGGAGGAGGACCCCAGGAAGCAGCAGGCCCGGAUGACGGCCAGCGCUGCUUCCGAGCUGAUUCUGAGCAAAGAGCAACUCUACGAGAUGUUCCAGAACAUUCUUGGGAUCAAGAAGUUCGAGCAUCAGCUGCUGUACAAUGCUUGCCAGCUGGACAAUCCGGAUGAGCAAGCAGCCCAGAUCAGACGAGAGCUGGAUGGCCGUCUCCAAAUGGCAGACCAAAUAGCCAGGGAGCGCAAAUUUCCCAAGUUCGUAUCCAAAGAAAUGGAAAACAUGUACAUUGAGGAGCUGAAAUCAUCCGUCAACCUGCUCAUGGCUAAUUUGGAGAGCAUGCCAGUGUCCAAAGGUGGUGAGUUCAAGCUUCAGAAGCUCAAACGCAGCCACAACGCUUCCAUCAUUGACAUGGGUGAGGAGAGUGAGAACCAGCUAUCCAAAUCAGACGUCGUGCUGUCCUUCUCCUUGGAGGUGGUGAUCAUGGAAGUCCAAGGCCUCAAAUCCUUAGCUCCAAAUCGCAUUGUAUAUUGCACGAUGGAGGUGGAAGGAGGAGAGAAACUACAGACUGACCAGGCUGAGGCUUCAAAACCAACCUGGGGCACCCAGGGCGACUUCUCUACAACCCAUGCACUGCCCGCUGUGAAGGUGAAGCUGUUCACGGAGAGCACGGGAGUCCUGGCCUUGGAGGACAAGGAGCUGGGACGGGUUAUUCUCCAUCCCACCCCCAACAGCCCCAAACAGUCAGAGUGGCACAAAAUGACCGUCUCCAAAAACUGCCCCGAUCAAGACCUCAAAAUCAAACUUGCUGUCCGAAUGGAUAAACCUCAGAAUAUGAAGCAUUCUGGGUAUUUAUGGGCCAUCGGUAAGAAUGUCUGGAAGAGAUGGAAGAAAAGAUUCUUUGUCUUAGUGCAGGUGAGUCAGUACACGUUUGCCAUGUGCAGUUACCGGGAGAAAAAAGCCGAGCCUCAGGAACUUCUCCAACUGGACGGCUACACCGUGGAUUACACGGACCCCCAACCAGGUUUGGAGGGUGGCCGAGCCUUCUUCAAUGCAGUCAAAGAAGGAGACACCGUGAUAUUUGCAAGUGAUGAUGAGCAAGAUCGCAUUCUCUGGGUCCAGGCCAUGUAUCGGGCCACAGGGCAGUCACACAAGCCUGUGCCCCCAACCCAAGUCCAGAAACUAAAUGCCAAGGGAGGGAAUGUGCCUCAGCUGGAUGCCCCUAUCUCCCAAUUUUACGCAGAUAGAGCUCAAAAACAUGGCAUGGAUGAAUUUAUCUCUUCCAACCCCUGUAACUUUGACCACGCUUCCCUCUUUGAGAUGGUACAACGCCUAACUUUGGAUCACAGACUUAAUGAUUCCUAUUCUUGCCUGGGCUGGUUCAGUCCUGGCCAGGUGUUUGUACUAGACGAGUACUGCGCCCGGAACGGAGUCCGAGGCUGCCACCGCCAUCUCUGCUACCUCAGAGACUUGCUCGAACGGGCAGAAAACGGCGCCAUGAUCGACCCAACCCUCCUCCACUAUAGCUUCGCCUUCUGUGCGUCCCACGUCCAUGGGAACAGGCCCGAUGGGAUUGGAACUGUGACUGUUGAAGAAAAGGAACGUUUUGAAGAAAUCAAGGAGAGGCUCCGAGUUCUCCUGGAAAAUCAGAUUACACAUUUUAGGUAUUGCUUUCCAUUUGGUCGACCUGAAGGUGCUUUGAAAGCUACCCUCUCACUCUUGGAAAGGGUCUUGAUGAAAGACAUUGUAACCCCAGUGCCACAAGAGGAGGUAAAAGCAGUCAUCCGUAAAUGUCUAGAGCAAGCUGCUUUAGUCAACUAUUCUCGACUGUCAGAGUAUGCCAAAAUCGAAGAAAAUGUAGGCCGGUUAAUCACUCCUGCCAAAAAGCUGGAAGAUACAAUACGUCUUGCUGAACUAGUCAUUGAAGUUCUUCAGCAGAACGAAGAGCACCACGCAGAGGCCUUCGCGUGGUGGUCAGACUUGAUGGUGGAGCAUGCCGAGACGUUCCUGUCACUCUUCGCGGUGGACAUGGAUGCGGCGCUGGAAGUGCAGCCCCCAGACACGUGGGACAGCUUCCCGCUGUUCCAGCUGCUGAAUGACUCCCUCCGGACUGACUAUAAUUUGUGCAAUGGAAAAUUUCACAGACACCUGCAAGACCUGUUUGCCCCACUUGUGGUUAGAUAUGUGGAUUUGAUGGAGUCCUCAAUUGCACAAUCCAUUCACAGGGGCUUUGAGCGGGAGUCAUGGGAACCAGUCAAGAGUUUAACCAGUAAUCUACCCAAUGUGAACCUACCCAAUGUGAACCUUCCCAAAGUACCAAAUCUACCAGUUAACAUCCCUCUAGGCAUCCCACAAAUGCCUACUUUUUCGGCACCGUCAUGGAUGGCUGCUAUAUAUGAUGCUGAUAAUGGAUCAGGCACUUCAGAAGAUCUGUUCUGGAAACUCGAUGCCCUGCAGACCUUCAUUCGGGACUUGCACUGGCCCGAAGAGGAGUUUGGAAAGCACCUGGAACAACGGCUGAAGCUGAUGGCAAGUGACAUGAUCGAAUCUUGUGUCAAAAGAACCAGGAUUGCAUUUGAAGUUAAGCUGCAAAAAACCAGUCGAUCAACAGAUUUCCGAGUCCCACAGUCAAUAUGCACCAUGUUUAAUGUUAUGGUUGAUGCCAAAGCUCAAUCAACAAAACUUUGCAGCAUGGAAAUGGGCCAAGAGCAUCAAUACCACUCAAAAAUAGAUGAACUAAUUGAAGAAACUGUUAAAGAAAUGAUAACACUCUUGGUUGCAAAGUUCAUUACAAUCCUGGAAGGAGUGCUUGCAAAAUUGUCCAGAUAUGAUGAGGGGACUUUGUUUUCUUCUUUUUUGUCAUUUACCGUGAAGGCAGCUUCCAAAUAUGUGGAUGUACCUAAACCUGGGAUGGACGUGGCCGAUGCAUACGUGACUUUCGUCCGCCACUCUCAGGAUGUCCUUCGUGAUAAGGUCAAUGAGGAGAUGUAUAUAGAAAGGUUAUUUGAUCAAUGGUACAACAGCUCCAUGAACGUGAUCUGUACCUGGCUGACGGACCGGAUGGACUUACAGCUUCACAUUUAUCAGUUGAAAACUCUAAUUAGGAUGGUCAAGAAAACCUAUAGAGAUUUCCGAUUGCAAGGAGUCCUGGACUCAACCUUAAACAGCAAGACCUAUGAAACCAUCCGGAACCGUCUCACUGUGGAGGAGGCCACAGCGUCUGUGAGCGAGGGUGGGGGCCUGCAGGGGAUCAGCAUGAAGGACAGCGAUGAGGAAGAUGAAGAGGACGAUUAG